AUGUAUGGUGAAAACGUGGCCAAAGUUGAGAUUCUUCGCGAUGGCGAAACUGGACCGAUGAAGCUCCCCGAUGUCCAUUUGUUCCUCGGUGGAAUAAAGGGCAAAACCGCCACUGGCCGCCAGUUCUCGCUACGUGGCUCACUCAGGAGAUCCACCAGCCACACCGGUUCAGCUAGACCCUCGGGCCAUACACGCCCAGCAACCCAGCUAGCCCCUGCGACUAGAUACCCAGUUUCGCACAGCCAGUGA